AAUGCGAUGUAUGUGUAAAUUACUAAGUAGGCCGUACAAAUACAAAAAAAAGUUUAACCUUAAAAUCUUUUGGAGGGCCCCUUGGACUAAAACUUUAUAUUUUACUUGAGCAAAAUAGAAAGUGGAGAGAUUAAUACUGCUAAAAUCUGUUUUUAUGCCAAUUAUCAGAUUAUAUUGCAACAUUUCUGAUUGGGAACCAGACUUCCAACAGUUAUUGCAGUGCCUUUGCAGAAUUCAGAAGGACGAAAUAUCAAGACUGAAAGGUAUUUUAACUCUGAACGACUUUAAGCUUUCUGUUGUUGGCCGUCUUCUUCUUCGAAAAGCAGUUUCGUCUUCUUUGUCAGUGGGAUCUAACUGCUUGACCUUUGCAAGGGAUUCGCGUAAUAAACCCGUCCUUGUAAAGCCUGCCCGUUAUGAAGAUCCCAUCGAGGCCGUAAGCUUUAACGUCUCUCAUCAAGGCAAUAUUGCGGUUGCAGUUUCGGCAAUUCGGUACCAGCAACAUCGUGUAAAUGGUGCGCAUUAUGAGGAGGUUGUAAACUCCAUUGGCGUUGAUGUAGUAGCCUUUAAUUGUAUUAAGAACACUCGUGAUAUUGUAAAAGAACUUUUUGUAUACAAGCCCUUUUUUAACAAGGAAGAGUGGAUCAAAAUUCUUCACUCGAAGGAGCCCCUGAAGUAUUUUUGCCGGAGUUGGUCUUUGAGGGAAGCAUAUGUCAAGGCCACUGGUUCUGGUUUGGGCACUAAUCUUUCCUCUUUGAAAUUUAGGCAAUUGGAAGAAGCAGAAGACACGGAUAUUGUGUGUCAGUCGACCCGUUUAGUAGUUAAUUCGGCUUUGGUGGAUGAGUGGGUUUUCGAACAGUCCUAUCUGGAAAAAAAUUACUGCGUGUGUGUCGCUAUAAAGAAUUAUAAGAGCGAGUUUGGUAGUGACUACCGGCAGAAUCGACAACAAAAUAGUAAUACUGAAAACGAGAGUAGGCGAGAAAAAAUGUUUAAUUUUCAAGGCAUAGAGAUUGAUAGCCUGCUGGCGUCUGUAACUCCCUUGCGGGAAUAUACUGAAGAUCAGGAAGAAGUCUUUCAGUUGUUAAAACUAUUUUUUUAAUAAAGACAUAAAAAGAUCAAAAUGUUAUGGCGUAGCAAAAAAAUUA